GAUAAAACUUUAAACCUAUAACAUGAAUACACGUGAAUUUCCACCUGCACAUAUAACAUAUUAUAUAUAUACAUAUACAUAUUUAUAUAUAUGAUUCUUCUUCUUCUUCUUCUUCGAAGCAUAAUCAAAAUCAUAAUUGAUCAUGGCACUGGCAGCUCCAAACGUCUGCUGCGCCAUUGAAAUGGAGCCCAGGACCUUAAGUCAAGGCCAGCUUACCCAUGCCAGGGAAAUUGCAGAAGACAUAGUUCAGAAAACCGACCUUCACGAAGCCUCCGCCGUAUUUAUUCAGGAAUUUAAGCCGCCGGCGGAGAUGGCGGCGGCGGUGGUUUCCGACGGCGGAGCUCCGGCUGAUCAUCCACCGCCAGACGAGGUGCUCGCUAUCAAUAAUCAUGGGCGUUGCCAGUGUUCGGUGGAGGAUGCAGCCUCCCCGCAGGAAUCGCCAUGUCCGCCGCCUGCUUCUGCUGCCGCCGGCGGCGGCGGCGGCGGAGGAUCGGUUAAACAGCCGCUUUCUGCUCCCUUUUGAUUUAUCAGUAAUGUACUUCCGGACUGUUAUUUUCAUUUCAUAGUGCCAAAAAUUGAAGCUUUAAUUUA